CAAACCACCAACCAUCACCGCCGUCUCCUCCACUUGUUAAACCAAUGCACCUCCAUGUCUCACCUCAAACAAAUCCACGCCCACACACUCCGCACCACCUGCACCACUCAUCCACACACCCUCUUCCUCCACAGUCGAAUCCUCCAUUUUUCAUCUCUCCACGACCUCCACUACGCUUUCCUGUUCUUCCAGACCCAUAUCGACAACGCAAAUUCCUUCGCUUGGAACACCAUCAUCAGAGCUUGUUCUCGUAGCAGCAACAGAAAGCAAGAAGCCAUUUUGCUCUACCUCAAGAUGUUAUCUGAAGGCAACGUAAUCCCCGAUAAGCAUACAUUCCCAUUUGUGCUCAAAGCUUGCGCGUAUUUGUUCGCCAUCUCCGAGGGUAGACAAUUACAUUCCCAUAUUUUCAAACUUGGGUUUGCAUCAGAUGUAUAUAUCAACAACAGUUUGAUCCAUUUUUACGGGUCGUGUGGGCGCUUGGAGGAUGCACGAGAAGUGUUCGACGAAAUGCCUGAAAGAAGUGAACGAUUCGAACCUGAUAAUUUCACAAUUCAAAGCAUCUUACGAGCUUGUGCUAGCUUGGGUGCAUUAUCACUUGGCAUGUGGGCUCAUAAAUAUGUCUUAAGAAGAUGCAGCCCAGAAGUAUCUAAUGAUGUUUUGAUCAAUAAUUGUCUUCUAGAACUCUAUUGCAAAUGUGGGUCUUUAGAAACCGCUAAAUCCGUAUUCGAACGAAUGGUAAAACGGGACGUGACCUCAUGGAACACAAUGAUUCUUGGAUUCGCAAAUAACGGGCAGGUCGAGCCAGCUUUAGAAUAUUUCACAAAAAUGGUCGAUGAAGGAGGAUUAAUACCGAAUUCGAUUACAUUCAGCGGGGUUUUGAGUGCUUGUAGGCACCGUGGCAUGGUUCACGAGGGUCAGAAGUAUUUCACCAUUAUGACAACAAAAUACGGCAUCGAACCAGUUUUGGAGCACUAUGGGUGCCUGGUUGACCUCCUGGCUCGAGCCGGGCUAAUUGCCGAGGCCCUAGAUGUUGUGUCCACGAUGCCGGUUAAACCCGAUGUGGUUAUCUGGAGGAGCAUUCUUGAUGCUUGCUCCAAGAGGAGUGUGGGAAUAGAAGUUAGUGAAGAAAUGGCUAAAAAGAUUAUGGAAUCAAAAGAAGGAAGUGAGUUCAGUGGUGUUUAUAUGCUUUUGUCUAGAGCCUAUGCCGUGGCUCGUAAAUGGGACGAGGUUGGUUCGUUGAGAAGGUUAAUGACUGUUAAGGGCGUAGCCAAGGAGCCGGGGUGCAGCGCGAUCGAAAUCGACGGUGUGGCUCAUGAGUUCUUUGCAGGUGACACUUCUCUUUCUCAAAUUGCUGAUAUAUAUACAACUCUUGAUAGCUAGACUGUACAUGUAUACACAAUUAAAUGGCAUUUUUACAUGUUUUGCAUGGAAAAUUAUAAGCAUAUUCUCUUUAUUGUUACAU